CCACACCUCCCGCGCCCUCCACGCCCUCGCCCUCCGCCUCGGCCUCCUCUCCCACCCCUCCAUCGCCGUCGCCCUCCUCGACGCCUACGCCGCCCCCGCCCUCGUCCCCAUGGCCUCCGCCCACCACCUGUUCGACGAAUUGCCCCUCGGCGACCACCCCGUCGCCUUCAACCUCUUGAUCAACGGGCACUGCAAAAGAGGCGAUUUUGCGGCCGGGCUCCGCGUCUUCCGCGGCAUGCACCCCCGGCGCCGCAACGUCGUCACCUGGAACUCCAUGCUCAACGGGCUGUCCCGCUGCGGCCGCGACGCCGACGCUCUGGAGCUGUUCGUGGAGUUCGUCGAGCGCUCCGGGCUCGAGCCCGACGACGCGACUCUGGCCACCGUCCUCCCCGUGUGCGCGCGCGCCGGGAAUUUGGACCUCGGGCGCUGGAUCCAUCACCGCGCGAGGAGGACCGGGCUCCUCAGCUCCGCCGUCAACGUCGGCAACUCGAUCGUCGAUAUGUACUGCAAGUGCGGCGAUUUGGCGAGCGCUCGGAGGGCGUUCGACGAAAUGCCGGAGCGGAGCGUGGUCACUUACAACGCCAUGAUCAAUGGAUCGGCGUUCAACGGGUGCGGGGAGCUCGGCCUUGGUCUGUUCGACGAAAUGCGGAGGAGAGGCGCGAAGCCGAAUUUGACGACAUUUCUAGGGCUCAUCGGAUGCUGUACCCAUGCCGGAUUGGUGGAUAAGGGCCGAGAGUUGUUCCGAUCGAUGAGUUUAGAGUACAAGAUCGAGCCGAAGAUCGAGCAUUACGGGUGUAUGGUGGAUCUCUUGGGGAAAUGUGGGUGUCUUAAGGAGGCUUAUGAGCUAGUCCGAAGAAUGCCGAUGAGGCCAAAUGCGGCGAUUUGGGGGGCGCUGCUGAGUGCCUGCCGGAGCUACGGAGAGCGGGAGGUGGCCGUCAAGGAGCUCAUAGAGCUCGAGCCGUGGAAUUCGGGGAAUUAUACUUUGUUGGGGAAUCUUUACGCGGCUAUGGGUCGGUGGGCGGAGUCCGAGGAGGUGAGGCAUUUGAUGAAGGAGAGGAGCGUUCGCAAGGUGGCGGGGCAGAGCUCGGUAGAAUCAAAUGGGGGUUGAGAUGAAUAUACAGAGAUACUUGGCGUCUGUUCGGCCUGGCUUCUGAAAAAGCUUCUCUACACUGAGGACCAGAAGCUAAAGAUUUUGAGGAACAUAGAAAUCUUGAAGAUUUUCCUACGAAGAUAAGCUGAAACGAGCUUCUAGACUCCAAAAGCAAAAGCUGGAAAAAGAGCUUACUAAGCUUCGAGUGUUCAUGACCGAGAAUAAGAUGAGGGAUAGAUUGGAUUUAAUCUUAAUAAAUCCUACUCUUUACGUUUCCCGGGGGGAUGAAGAAUGAAGACAUAUACUCUUCAAUGAGAAGCUAUUCAAGUGAGAUUGUUUCUCCUCAGGAGACUAUUACCAAGGAAGAAGAAAAUGCGGAGAACAACUCUUGUGGCUUCAAAUGAUGAUUCUCAAUGGUUAUGAUGAUGGUAUGCACCUUGGCUUUGCUAUUGCUUCUGAAAGAAACAAUCAUAAUCAUGGAUGAAGAAUGAAGUAGCAGCAGCAGCAUUGGCUUACAGAAACCUAUUCAAGGUAGAGAGAGAGAGAGAGAGAUGCAGGAUAUGUUUAUACUCAAUCAGAUGCCAACAAAGUAAGUGUUUCUCCUCUGAAGAAAAAACUUCUUUGGCUUCAAAUUUUGAUACUUAUUAUGAUGGUAUGUAUUGUUUAGAUGCCUUAGGUUUUUGGUUGGUGUAUGCAGUUGAAAAGUGGAUUUAUAAAACUUUAUCAUUUUAUA